AUGGCCUGGGUGUCUUUCCCUACUUUCCCUUGUGCUUCUUCUCACUCAUUUCUCCAGGAACUGGUCUCACUCUUCAACUUUCACAACUAUGACAACUUGCUGCGCUACACCCACAAGGUGGACGCCCACCAUGAAGGAGAUGAAGUCGGAAACAAGGCCAUUGUGAACCUGUUUGCUGUCUACAGUGGCAAUGUCUCUGUCCUUCAGAGAUUUGCUCUGUCAGCCAUGGACAUGGAGCAGAAAGACUAUGCCUCCUGCACAGCUCAACAUGUAGCUGCAACAGAAGGACACUUUGUGGUUGUGAAGUUUCUGGUAGAAGCCUGCAGAGUCAAUCCCUUUGUCAGACAGGUGAGGAAUGGUAGGUGGGGGAGCAUUGCCUUGGAUGAUGCUACCCAAUUUAAUCACCUGGAAGUGAUGAAGUUACUCAAGGAUUACCAAGACACCUAGGUAUUGGGGGCCAGACAGACUGAGGAAGCAUCUAAUGACCUUUCCAAGGAGAACUUAGAAAGCAUGGUGUGAAAAUGUCAUGUUAUAUCAGAUAUUAGUUGCAUUUCUGCACAAAUUUACUAGAAGUCACGUUCUCAUUUCUGAAAGGAGAGAGACACACCAAUAGACUUACUGCUGCUUAGGCUGAGACAGGGAGGGGGUAAAAGUCCAUCCUCUUUUCUCUAGGCUCCUCCUUUGUGGUCAUUCUCUCAACAACAACACACCCGGUUAGUUCCAUGCACAAGCUCAAAACUUAUUUGGUGGCACAAUGGUAAAUGAGAGUCCUGGUUUGUGGCUUUAAGAGUCCACAGAAACUACCCUAGUAGCCAAUGGCGGGAGCUUAUCUCUUAGCACCACCAGUUCACACUGCCUGUAGAUCUAAGCAGGCACUGCUAGGUAGGCCAAAGGCA